UUUCCGCAUGACAAUAGGUACGUAUGAAAUGUUAACAUACAUGUAUGCUGAAGAAUACGGCUUGCCGAAAGCAAAAAUUGAUUCAUGCAUCUUUUCUCGAUAAUCAAGAGCCUCUGCAAUAUUGCAGGCACUUUUUUUAUUAAUACGUUUGAAGGCUGUUACUAAUGUAAAUGAGUAUGCCAAUAGCAGCCGGCCUCUGCAAAUUCCGCAAGCUAGUUAACAAAAAUACCUGCCUAUGAUCACUUUAAAACUGCCGCGGUGAAGACGCUGAAUCGAUUAAUAUGCCGCGCGACCAUUGACUGGCAGUUUCUCAAGAUAGCCUACAGGCAGUUUGCCUCUCCUAAACAGAAUAAUUAAUGUAGUGCCGAUGUGCGAACGAUCUAGUUUCAAUUUAAUCGUGAUCGAUCUUCGUGACCGUGAGCGGAUAGACAUAAGGCUAGAGCCGUGCUCCAUAUAAUCGUGCUCUGCCUAAGUGCGCAUAGCCAGUCGUAGAGAAGCAAAAACUCCGGCAGGUGUCGCGAAGGUCGAAAAUGUCAGCUGCUCUGGUUUGUACGAAGGUGUGCGCUUGGUGAAGUAAGGGUGGGGGUGUCGGUACCGUUGUAAACUUUCUUCUUAAGGCUGUUUGCUAGCGGCUUUAAAUAUAUAUUAAUCACGAUCAUACCGUUUCGUGAUAGUUCAAUGAAUAGUAUGUUGCUAAACAUCGCAAUGUGCACCUAGCACCGAAGGCAAAGAUUGCAGCACUCGGCAGAGCAGACCGGCUUGGUCCUAAAGGGAUUGACUGCCAUCUUUAUGCAGCCAAGAUGCGGUAGAAGGAACACUGACGUGGGCAGCAUUAUGGGCCAGGCACACCCAACAGGAAGCACGAGGCGGCGGCGGUUCUCGUCGUUAUGCAGGCCUUUCACCCCACACAGCCGCAACUUGAGUGCCACCUUCCAUGUACUGGACACAGAGCUACGCUGGGAACUCCUGAACAUCAACACUGCCACAGAAGAGGAGCUGAUGACACUGCCAGGUGUCACAAGAUGCAUUGCACGCAACAUUGUUGACUACCGUCAAGCCAUCGGGGGAUUUAAAAAGGUUGAAGAUCUGGCACUGGUUUCUGGUGUUGGAGCCUCGCGUCUCCAAGUUUUUCGAUCUGAGAUCACAGUGCGGCGUGGGCCUCCCUCCUCGCGCUCCCCACGAGUGGGUGUUCCUCAACGUAGCCCCUUGCGAGAUAUGGAGUUGUAUCGGCUGGUGGCACCCCUGAGCCAACGGCCGUUGGCUGCCCGCAUUGAGACGGGCCCUGUGGGUUCCUUCUGGGUUGCUCUUUGGAACCUGGCUGGCCUCACGUGUGACAAGGCAUCUAACCUAGGAGUGCUCGAAGUAGUCUGCCGCACUGCCCUGGAGAAUGGGACUGCCAUCAUCGCCUGCCAAGAAAUUUGUUCAAGGGAUGCUCUUGACCUGGUAGUGCAAGAGCUAAAUGACCCUCAGCUGAGUGCAGUAGCCUCAUGGGAGCCUCAUGAUCGCCAGUGGGAUCAAGCAACGCCCCUGCCUGCUUCUGGACCCGUUGGCCUGUUUUCGGGAUUCUUGUUCAGUGGUCGGCAGGGAAUUCGACUCUCCGAAUGCUAUGCAGUUGACUUGGACUCCAGCAAUGGUCUUACGGGGCCUUGCCCCUGUGUUGCUCGCUUCAAGGCACCUGGGCUGGAGUUUGUCGUUGUAAGCAUUCUGCUGCGGUCACUCAAGGCGCAUGACAUAAGCCUCCUGUUUCCCAGCUUUGUUGCAGUUAUCAGCCAGAGACUCCGGGGCGAGGACAACAUUCUUCUGAUGGGAGAUUUGCCACCUACUGAAAACGCUGUACGAAUGCUUUCGGACAUGGGGUUUCACCUGCUAUGGCCGAGCAAGUUAAAGCCCCAUGAUACAACACAAAUCUGGUGCUCCAGCAAGUUGCGCAAGUUUUGCACAGGUAGCAUCCGUCGGGUGCAAGAGGGCCUCAGUCAUCCAUUGAUCCCAUGUGGCUGGCACUGGGGUGGAUCUGUCAGUGAUCUGCCCCCACUCCUGGUGCAGCUGCUGACUGACAUUCCCAACGGCCAAGCAUCAGUAUGAUGGCUUCUUACCUGCCCCCAGAAACACACUCAGUGCCAGAAACAGAGCCACCGGCCUUUUUGUCACUACACCUGGCCAGCAUAAGAGAUCUGGGGCUGCUGCCUUUGUUGUUCAUCCGAGAAUUUGCAUCAGCCGUAAAUGUAUGUCAUUAUGCAGUGCCAUAUAAUUGAGACUUGGCCUUGAGAUCUGGCUCUGUGACUCCCUCUUUUCCUGUGUUAUAACUGUGUGAACUUGACUGGUGGUUCUACAUGGUGAUCACUUUCCAGUGAUGUCUUAGUAGGGCGCCUGCUUUCAUAUAUUGCUGUGGAAAAACAUUCAACAAUGCUUCAGUGCCUCUACGUGAGUUCUGGAGUUUGUAGUAGGAUAACUGCUGAGAUGGCAAGAAGCAUCUUCCCUGUCAGAUAUCCUUCUGAUGCCUUAUCAGUGGCAGUUGGUGUCUUUGGUGUUCUGUAAUAUUUUUAGGACCUUAUCUGAAAUGUGUUACACUGAAUUAACUGUGGCUUGUUACACAUAUUUUAACCUUGCUGUUCUUAAAUCAUAUAUAGUAUGUAGUAGUAUAUUUUAAAUGUUCCCAGUGCCUUGGGCACUCUGCAGGAGGGAACACCUUACUUGAGUAUAAUUACCUAGUCGUGUAGCUUUGUUGGCUUAUAAAACUGAUGCUUGCUCAUGUGCUUUGCAUUAAGUUUAUUAUGAGGACUCUAUAAUCUAACCUGAGAAAGGUGCUUUGCAUCUGAGUCUGUGUUAGUGCAUCAGAAGUACCUACUGUCUUCUAUGAGUUUUAGUUGAUUGACAUAUGAAACUUGACACUAGUUGAACCGUGCCUAAGUCAGAGUAUUUGCUUGUUUUCUCUGUGGUAUUUUAACUGUAAAUAAUCAGAACUUUCUACUACUUGUGGAGAUGAGUCAUGUAGUCCAAUUUAUGCUGUAAAUCUGUACAUAUAUCGAAAGGCACACACAACUGCACCUAUGCUGAACUUGCCCAGAGACUAUGGUAAGCAGAAUAACUGAUCUUGCAGAGUCAUGAAAACAGGCACAUGCAAAAGGUUGUAUGCAAAGUUUACCAGCAUUUUAAGUUUUUAAUGGUACUUAUCCUAUGCGGAAUUUUAGUGUAUCCUCUGUGCAGCUUUAAGCAUAUUUUGUCUAAUGAGGAGGUCCCAGUUGGUUUUUUUGGAAAAACUUUCAGCCUGUCUGUGCAUACCUGAGCCCUGAAAGUGGUGCUUUGUAGAAGCAUGCCUUGCUGGAGAUGCAGUUUGUACCCUUCUUGUCUGCCUUUAAGAUGACAGUGCUUACAUUUGUGCACCAAGUCAACUCUCCUAUUUUGUUGCACCUGCGCAGCAGAAAUGCUCAAAUUCCAAGUGCUUUAUUAAGUAAUGAAAUGGGUGAGAAAGAAAGGAAACAUUAUUGCUGCCUUGCAGUGGCUUGUCUAAUCUUUUUUGUCUUUUUCCUAUGAAUAACAGCAUUGAGCAAUAUUUCAGGCAAGAAAUAUUGCUCGAUGCUUGGUGCUAAUGUUCUAAAAGUUUAGUUUUGAGAUAAUUAUUUUCAGUAGGUAAUCAAGCACAGGGAUAUUUCUGUAUUAAAAAAAAAAGAAAGAAGACCAAACAAACUUAUUUUUAUAGUGGGGUGACCUGACAUAAGACCUAUUUUCCUAAAGCUUGCCUUUACAGCCUGAAGUGGUGUGAUGUGAUCCGAAGUGACACUAGAACAAGACAUGGAGAGUUGGCAGCAAACGCCUCCCAAGGAGCACUGUGUUAUUUGUUAUCCAUAUUGAUAGUACUGAUGAGACUGGUGUGCUUUCAUUGUUGUGUUGUUUUGGACAUUGCUGAUUUUCUCAAUGCAUGUAUCAUGCAAAAUGACCCAGCACAAAUGCAUAAACUUGUACAAGAUUUGUCCUCGUAUAGGUCCCAUGUGUCCAUUGUGAAGUCUUAUGUGCAUGGCAUUUGUGUUUUUGUUACACUUUUGCUUUUAGAUUACCUGCUUUGUGACGUGGUCACUCCUGGUAUGUAUGGCUGAACUACAUUGGGACAGUUAAUUAAAUCCCUGGCGAGGAGGUGCUCUCACAGGUCAAAUUGAUGAAAUGCAAUCGAAGCACAUCUUGGUAUAGAAAAGCCAGGAAAAACUGCACCAAUGCACCUAAGUCAGACAUGCCAUUAGUUCACUCAUUUAAGGAGAUUCUUUUUCCAAUAUGUGACAACUAAUAUGCUUUGCUGCAUUUUUGAAGUAAUUAACAAGGUGAAGCUUUUGUUUCCUAGCUACAAGUAUUCCUUAAAUUGAAUAGGUGUUGCUAAUCCUGUAUUGUGGGAAUGCCCCAAUUUCUAGUCCCAGCAGGCUAUCUAUGACUUUGUUGAUGUUCUUUUGAUACUUGCACUAAUGCUGCACCUGUGUACUGAAUCACUGUAGCAUCACCAGCAUCUCCUAUGUGUGCAGUUGAACUGAUAUUUCUGUGAGAAAAAUACAUUAAUAACCUGCUUAUUAAUGUACCUUGUUUUAUCUUUUGUCAUGGGUUAAUACAUAAAAUAAGAAUUGCCAGUCAGUGUCCGUCUUGGAUCACCAUAUGCAAGAAGUCUUGUUAAAGGGUUGGUGAUUCAGCAUUUAAGGAAAUCAGAUUGUUCUUUUUUUCCUGGUGUCAGUCUUCACUAAGGUCGCAUUACCUCUCUUAUAAAAAAUGCAGUGAUAUGUUGUACAAUAGCAGUGAUGUUAUCAACAUGUAUAAAAAAUUUGUGCCAAUGUGCAUAAAUUCAUAUAACAGGGCAUCUGUGUCAUCUGGUUGUCAUCUGCAAAAGAUGAAGUGUUUGUAGGUGGAUGUUACGAUUUGGGUGUUUCUCAUUUGCUAGAUAAAAUGUUGUGAUCACCUAUUUGCUACCACUUUUUGAUGUUUAAUGUUUAUAUGACUUUGCAAGCAGGAUGUACUCGGUAAUAUAAAUUUUGUGUUGUGCACUGCAUAUUACGAGCUUAAUACAGUAAAUUCUCGUUAAUUCACAGCUCGUCAAUUCAGAAUUUCGGAUAAUUCGAAGUAGCUGCCGCGGUCCAUCCAACAACGCAGAGAAAGCAAUAUGUAAUGCAUCCUGCUAAUUCACACUGAAAUCCGCACCACCACCGAUAAUUCAAAGUUUGCGCCAUCGUGGGUGGGGAGAGUGAUAAUGCACGGGAGCACGGUGGCGACCCUGGCUUCGCCGUGCAGCCUUGCUCUUUCCAUUUGCGGCCCUUUGUUUAGGCCUGACUGGAGAGAUGCAUUUGCACCCAAAGGGUGUACAUUUGUUUAAGAGUGUAGGUUCUUGGACGCAUCGGCGUCUCAGAGGUGCGUUUAUAGCGCAACGUUUUCGGUGCGUCUCGCUUGCGGCCAGUCACGUGAGGCCGCUUACGCUGCGCCAGCAGAAAUGCCGUCCCCUCUAGACUUCGACGCGCGCACCGUCGGCAACUCUCUUCGUCACAGGCGCAGAACAAUCGCCAACCCGCACGCCGCAUUGAAUGGCUUUCGUUGAGGCUGUCUGUGACCAUUGGCAAAGCCAAUGUUACUAGACUAGGUUCAGUUGUUGAACUCUGCAUAGGCGCCGUAUAUCGCUGGCGCCCCCGAGCCUUGAUUUGCCCGGGAGCCCAGCAGGUAGCUCUACGCGGGUGCAGCUCUGUGUUGGCAAAAGUGCUCGGGUCCUUCGACUUCGCAACUUACAAACUCAACAAAUGUUUUCACCGAUGUGUCUUUUUUGUGUUUGUAUAGCCUCGCGUUUAGCAUAUUGAUUGAAAAACUUUACUGAGCUGUCAAAAUGCUGCUGUGCUCCCCCAGAGUGCACUGUUGGAGUCCUUAGUCCAGGGUCCCGGCAGGCCUGGCCAUCCGCUGCUCUCUAGUAAUCAGCUGCUGCUGAAUAGUAGCAGAUGAGUAGCUGUAAGUAGCUGAUUAGUAGGUGUAAUCAGCUAUUGCUCAUUAGUAGUAAUUAAUUAUUAAUGCAAACACAUUACAUAGCUCAUGAGGUGGAAAAUCCGGCGUAGUUUGGUGUGACCACGCGAUGGUCCAAAAAGUCAAGGGAGCCGAAGGCAGCCAGUCGAGGCAGGGGACAUCAAUUCAGGCAUAGUUAAUUAAUCAAAAGUUAACAACGCAGAUUGGAUUAAGGUGAAGUUAGUUAAAGCACAGUUAAUGACAAUAGAGUUCAUUAAGACACUCGAACCCACGACCAUUGGUAGGAGUGGAACCCACUAACUUUGGUGUUAAUUAAGGCGAAGUUAAUAAAGUCCCAGGCGUCCCUAGCUAUCACCUAAGAGAUGCGAAGGCAAAAGCCUUGUAAAGCCUACUGUAAUUCACUUUUGUCAUCCUUAAUCCACAUUAGUCUACCCUAUUCAGCCUUAAUACUCCUUCAUCCACCUUAACUGACCUUAAUUCACUUUAAUCAAAUUGUUAAUCAAUAAUGAAUUAACUUUGCUAAUCAAUUAUCAUCUCUUAUACAUGGUUGGACAUGCUUGGGUUUGCUUCUGGCUUUCCUUGAGUCUUGUGAUAUUUUCUGUACUUCACAAUGCAACCUUGAAACAUAGAGAUCUAAGGCUUUCAGCUUAAUAUAGCUAAUUAAGGCACUUGAACCCACGAUCUUUGGUGGGAGUCGAGCCCUCGACCUUUGAUGGUGGCAGUGAUUUCGCAUUCAUCCACGUAGGGAUAACUAAGUGCCCCUUGAAUUUUAUUUUAUUAAUAAACAUGUAACUAAACAAUUAAUUAUAUAGUAUAAAUUGUUGCUAGUAAUCUGCACUUGUAGCUGUCAGCAAGCCAAUCGGUUAAUAUAAUUAUUUAAUGUAUAAUUUAAUUAGGUGCUACUCAUCAGCAGUUGAGGUCAGCAAGCCAAUCACUGCACUAUUAAAACAGUAGGAAUAAAUAAAAGGCGCCUUCUCUCGAUGUAUACUCACUCUCAGCACUUAAUUUUGGGAUGAAAAAAAAAAAAAUUAAGCUAGUACUAUUUUCUUCCAUGAGAGCACCACAUUCGCACGUGCAAUGUUAAAACCUACGGGAGCUUUGCUCGCUUGUGAGCAGAAUUUACUUGCACAUUCAAGGCAGGGGCUCGCUGCAGGAACUGCACAUAAAAAUGCAUUCGCGUCACUGAAUAAAAUUUGAAUAUAUGGGCCGUAAACUGAGUGUCGCAAAAAUCACCGAGACUGUAGAAAAACAUGCAUGCAUACACACCGCAAAAGAUGUAAAUAGCCACUUACAGUGCUUCGCCGCCCCGUCUGCACCGUGAUGACCGAGCAAAGUGCGACAGCACCAGGAGAUGCGAGGAUCGGUGGUGGUUCCAUGCAGUCACAGGAGUUUGAAAACUGAGCCAAAUCUAGUAACGUUGGGCGAAGCGGCGUGGGCACCUUCUUUCUCUGCGCUGAGCAUUGUGGGAGUGUGGAGCAAGAGCCAUCUCAAUGUCCGGCACGUCGGACUGCGUUGACCGAAUCCGGUUACGUUUGCUGCUCCAGUGCGUCAAAUUAUAGAUGUUCUCGCCAACGUGACGUAGCAUGUCUGCGCGUGUGCUCAGGCUACGUUGGACUAUAUACACACCUUAACCGAGCAGUUUUUUUCUGACUUCGAUUAGUUCGAAUUUCAUAUAAUUCGAAUUUUUGUAGCAUCUCCGCAGAAUUCGAAUUAACGAGCUUUUACUGUAUGCAUGGUGGCUGAGAAUUGAAGGUGCAACACGUCACAUAGAUCGAUGUCCAUUGUUGCCAUAUUAUGCUAACACAUUGAAUUGAACACAUGAGGGAGGGGAGGUGUGUUUUGGGACACAUGCUGUGCACACAUAAGCAACAUAUUUAUCAUUUGCUUACAUACACUAAAAUGUUGAUGAGGUGAGAAUUAAAGUACUACUAACCAUAGUUACUCCACUUGCAAAAGCACUAGUAUUAUUCACAGUGGUAAAUUCAACCUUCAAGAGCUUCAUUAAAUUAGUGUGUACUAUCAGCAUAAGUUUACAGGGCACGGGAUAUGCAGUAAAGCUAAAUAUUUCUGUAGCACGUAGUCUGAACUUCAGGUUUACAGCUUUCACUAUUAUGAGCAGCCGACACAUUGUUGUACUGCUCUACUGGCUGUAGGCACAAAAUAUGUGGGAACUCAGUUUUCUUUUCGCAGAAGCCUUUGCUUGAAAACUUUUGUCGCUCAUAGUACCUAGCGUUUUGAUUGAGCAGCCAGGUGGCACAACAUGUUCUUCGGGCUUCCUUGUGUAAUUACUCCGGUGCUUGUGUACUGUCUUCUCUUUCUUUCUUUCUUUCUUUCUUUCUUUCUUUCUUUCUUGCUGCUCUCUACAGCUGUUGUUACAUGUAGCUUUAGCUACAGGUUUCUGGACAUGUAUAUAGUACGUACUAAAAAUGCACCUCUGAAACAUUUUUUUUUUUUACCCAAUAACUUUUUUUUGUAUUUCUUCUCAUGGAAAACAGGUACAAGCACAUGCAAAAGUCUGUAGACCAUGGGGGCUGUGAGAAAAAAAAAAACUAAUUUUGUGAGCCUAGAUACACAGGUUGAAAUGAAGUGGCAAAAGACAUGUACUAUGCAUUUCAACCAAUGCAGUGCAUGUCCAAUUUGUUGGCUCUAGGGCUGUGCCAGAAAAAAAAAUUAGAGUUUUUUACAUUGCCUCCAUACUUUUGUUUGCAAUGGUAGACUAAGGUGUCUCUAGUGCAACUAAAUUGUGUGAGUGUUUUAUUGAUGUGAGGAUUUCCAAAUUGCAACCUUUCAGGGCACAUUCAAAAUUAGUGUGCAAAUUUUGUGUGAAUAACCUUUAGUGUAGCUGACUCCAUUCAACUUGCUUUCUUUAUAAAAAACAAGAACAAAGCAGCACCAAGCAUUUCGUGGCCAUUUCACUUGAAGAAACUUAGCUCUGAACCUCCUCUAAGCUGAAUAGUUUUUAUUGUCAUUAUUCUAUUAAUGCAUUUUGCAAUAAAAUGUUUAUAAGAGGUCACAUUGUUACUACAGGCGCAUGUGACAAGCUGAAUAAGCUGCAAUUGGCAUGGUGUACAUCUAACAUUACAUAAAAAGUUUGUUGAAGUGAAUUUAAUGUUCUUAAUAAGCUCCUGUGUACUUAUUAGUGGCAUUUGUUUAGUACAGUUAAGGUAAGUAAACUAUUAAAAAUUAUUAGUGGUUCUGUUUUGUGGUGUGUUUUGCAAGUGUUUGUUGUUUUUCUGAGUAACGCUUUGCAUGUAAUCUUCAAUUACAUCGCAGAAAAUUUGGCAUGUAGUUGUCUUGAAGCUGAUGUAGGUGUUCAUUAAAAGAGAAAAAUGUUCUUGCUCAGAUACUUUCUGCAGGUUUUGGUUAUAUCCCAUUUAUUGAUGAUUUAUGUUGAAUAUUUGGUAAGACUUGGCUCAGGAUUGUUUUUACUUUGUUACAUUGUUUGGGUUUUAACAUUCCUUUUGCUAAAAAAAAUGCUCUAGUAUGUUUUAUUAUUGUACAGAUUAGUAACUGUACUAUCUGAGACGCAUACUCAUUAUUACCUGCAGCUUGCCAGCCUUGAGUUUAUAUGUAGGUCAGUGCAGUGCACAUGUUGAGCAGACGCUGCUGCACAGCUUACAUUGUAACUUUUUGAAUGCUGCUGAUUGUAAAAGCUGAACCUGUCCAUCUGAUGACACAGUAAGUUUUCAGCCUCUGUGUUGUUAGUUUAACAGUGUUAGCAGUUGCAACUUUCAGUAGAAUUAUGGACUAGUCAAGAUUAAUUUUGGUAAUAAAUGUGAACAUUUUUCUCACACUUGUGACAUUAGAAGAACACUUAAUAUACAGCAGUAAGGAAGGCAUGGGCCAUUAAUUCUUUCACAUUUUCUAGCAUUGCUUCUUGUUUCGUAAACAAUAGCUUGUACAUUUGGCAGCCAGAGCAAGUGCUGGAGAAUGUUUAUUGGUUCAUGAUUGCAUACCAAAAAAAAAAAAAGAAAGUAAAAAAACCCUAAGAUCUACUACCUAUGGGAACUCUGAACCAUUGAAAUUCAGUACUGCUGGUGACUUGGCCACCUGUGUUAUUUUUCAUUAAUGACUCAGUCUUAGGUCACUGUAUGUCAUAUGCCGUAAAUAGGUUGCUGUUUUUCAAACUCAGUGUUGGUAACUUUUUUUGGACAACGUCACCAGCUCGCAGCCCAAAACUCCCCAUUUAAUUUGCAAAGUGAUGAUGAUGACUUGUAAUUUUGCUUUGUUCGUAGUUGUCUUCCUUAUUAUUUUUUAAACUAUAGCUUUAAGUUAAUGGCUGCAUUGGUGAGUCAGCAGUUGAAGUGCAAAAAGGCAAAGCAACUCCCAAUUUUCCUAAAACUGUAUCAGAAACUGUAUCACAUCAUUUAGGCAAGCAGCUUUGAUGUGCCCAGAUGGCUCACUAAUAAUCUCUUCGGUAUGAUUUUGUAAAUAGUGACAAGUAGAGGUGCAUAUCCUCCUUGGGAUAAAAUGGGAAUGAGGCAUUGAACUUCAUUAAACUUAAUGAAGAUUCCUUGAAGAAUUUUCCUUGAAUAGUUUAUAGUCUAUUUACAUCACUGAAGAAACCACUAAGACUCCACGAGGGCAAAGUUGUUAGUUGACUGAAAGCUCGCAAAAUUUUGCAACUUCCUUGUGAAGUUACCAACAUUAAUAGUUGAUACGUCUUUAGGAGGUAUUGCGACUCUAUCGCUCUCUCUCUCUUUGUGCUGCUGUUUAAGAUUUUAAGAUAUUUUGUAAUUUCUUAAUAUGUACAACUAGCAAAUUGUCUUAGAACUUGUUUCAGAAGGCUUCAGAACAGGGGACCCUAUCACUUAGGGUACGCAAAUAAGCAACCUUUCACUGCUGCGGAAGCGCAGUGCACAAACCACCCUUUAAAAUUUCUGUUAGUGUUUGACCUACAAGAAUUUGAAAAAUGGCACAUCCAUGUAAAGCUGACUUUGGUUAAUGUUGUGGCACUGGUCACUACAGGAGCCACUAGUUUACUGCUGUUUUGCUGCUGUGCACUGUGCCUUAAGUUCUGAAGAAGUGAUUGGUGCAUCAGCCUUUUGCUUUCCAUCAUCUUACCUUUGCCACAAAGAUUGAGCAUUAGAGUAAUGCUCUUCAAGACUGCAUUACAAUAACUGUGUCUCUAAACUUGGUUAUAUGUGCUCCCUAUGGAUUCACCACCAUGGAAAUGCAAUGUCAGAACAAGUGCAGUGUGUGUUAAUCCUUCUGGCACAGAUCAGCAGAAACAAACGAUUAUUAUGUAAAGGGCUUCAUUUCUUUAUCUCAGUUUUAAUUUCUAGAGCUCGAAGCAGGCAGACAUAGUACAGAUAUUGUCUUUGCAUCAAAUUGCAUGCAGCAAAUGGAUAACAGAUGCAUCAUUUGCUAUUCUAAAGCCAUCUCACUCUUGUAAACCCAACGCUGGCCAGCCCAAGCUCUGUGUACUGCCAGUUCUCGGUUCCCUAUUCUAAAACUACUGUUAUGCAAACCAUGUCUAAUAAUGCUACAGUAUACUGGAAAGCCUUUUAGAUGUUUGUACAUUAUUUGAAGGAAGGCCUAAAACAAAUCGGCCUAGUGGACAUUUAAAGUGCAAUACUGUUAAUGAAGAUGAUAGCACAAAGAGGGUAGCAUGCCUAUAUCUGCAUUAAAAACUGUGUUUGUGUACCUGUAGGCAAACUGUUUGUCACAUUAUCAUCUUGGCAAUUGUAGCAUUACUUUUCUUAGAAAGUCAGUGCUGUGCAGUUCACUCUGCUUAAAAAUGAAAAGUCAUGCUGCAUCUAAAGCAUUGCUAUCAUUUGCUAUUAUUGGGAUGUAUGCAUGUUCAUUAGCUUGCUAAAAGCACAUUCAGUAGUGCUGUUUGAAAGUGUAUAAAAUGAGGAUGUUUACUCAUAGCAUCAUUCAAAUAUGUCAAAAGGCACGUAUUUGCAAGUUCAGGGCACUUCAUUCUUCCGUGGUGUCCUUGACAUUUUGGUUCUACCAAUAAACAUUGGUGCAGCAAGCAAUUUAACUUCCAAUUUAAUCACUGUGUAACUAAAGUAUGGCCUGGCUUUGAAGGCAGUCUGCAGUAGUUGGUGCUUUGCUUGUGCAAAUGACUGAUGCCUUCAUAGAUAACAGCACAACAAGCACAUAUGUACUGUGUGUAGUAUUGGUAGGGUUUUAGGAUACCUAUGUUAAGGUGCUAUUUCAUGAAAGAGGAAUUUUUCACUAGUUUUGUUCAGCCAAAACUCUGCCCCCAGAAUUACAUUUUUCUGUUAACCGCCCUGUGCAGAUGCUCUCACAAGUUGUGUGUGCACUGGUUUGAGAUGGUAUAGCUUCCAGAAUAUUGCUCGCUUCAAAUGAAGCUGUGCUGAUAAGAUUCUAACUGAAGGUUUCCUGUUUAAAAGGCACUGGCUGAUGCAUAUUACAGUGAUGGUUGUGUGAUUGGUGCCAUAUACAAGAUGUGGCAAAAAUGCCUUAAUUCUUUAGUGUCACAACACCAUUGUUUUUAUGCCCUUAUUUUAUAAUUUAACAAGACAUACACAUUGUCUCACCUUCUGUGCAAUACAGUGAAAACUGGGUUGCGCGAGCCAGUCGAGAAUGAGAAAUUGGUAAAGGACUCAUCCAUUGUUCACUGCUAUUCUUCCAAUGCAUAAUGCCAUUUGCAAGGAUUGCAGUAUGAUCAGUGGCUCACUGUGAGCAAUCUCUGCUUUUUCCCAGGCAGAGUUAAGUGGUCCCUGUUUGGCUGACAUAACUCAUUGCUUUCACUUCUCUGCAUGGAGUUCUUAGGAUGGACAUAACUUAUAACAGUGUGGCGGUGCUGGUGCAUGUGAUAAUUGUCAUCCUAGAAUGAUAUUUUAAACAGGCUUAAUAAUGUUCUCGGAAAGGUGCUUGCUUUUCCAUUUGUCAAAAUCUGCUAGGAUUCAUAUGACACAUUAAUAUCGGACUUUGAAAAGUGGGAAAACUAGGCUCCUUAAAAAGAAAUUAUCUCCGAGAUACUGCAUAUAUUUUUCACCUGGUUGUGUGUGUGUUAUGUUGUUCUUAUUAUGCUCAAUUUAAAUAUUAGGAGUACCAUGCUUCUGUUGUAAUGUGUUCUCUUGUGUCCCAUUUGUGUUACUUAUUAUUAAUUGUUGGCAACACCUAUAAAUGUGAUUCUGUGUUGAUUGAUCAUAUACUGAUUGAGAUAUGUACAUGUUAAAUAAUACAUCUUGUUAUUGAACCCCAA